AUGUGUUACUAUGGCGGAUACUACGGAGGCCUGGGCUAUGGCUAUGGUGGCCUAGGCUAUGGCUAUGGCUAUGGCUGUGGCUAUGGUGGCUAUGGUGGCUAUGGUGGAUGUGGUAGAUAUGGUGGCUAUGGUUAUGGCUGCUACCGCCCGCUGUGCUAUAGAAGAUACUGGUCUUACGGCUUCUACUGA